AUGAUAUUUGUCUGUUUGGAAAAUGCACAAGGUAAUCACGAAAGAGCACUGGAACAUCUAGAGAAUGGAUUACGGGUAUACAAUUUAUGGGCACUACAAGAUACUCGACCAACAGUGAAACAAGGCCAAACAACUUUUCUAGAAUUCCCGAUAGCAAUUCCAAAGAGCCCGAAUGCGGAGAUCGAUUCCCCAGUCUGCAGGCCGCAAGCAUCGCACAGCAAUUCUACGAACUCGGCAUUUUUUUACGUUCUCACAGCGGUCUCUCCAAAAACAUCUCGCCACGAGCGGCCCGCUAAUUUCGAAGCCAUGUUUCCACAUCGAACUAAACUUCUCCACUCCUUCAAUAUCGGUAUGUUGAGUUGGAAACGUGCUUUCGAUGGUUUAUGUCAAGCGGACGCUCACAUGUGGACCGCUUCUGAAAUCCUUGGAAGUCUUCUCCUUCAACUCCAUUACCAAUCGCUCUCCCUCGUCGUCGAUCUCCGCGCCAAUUCAAGAGUAGAAACAGAUCUGUUACCUGCGUCCGAAACCCAACGUUUUCAAGCUAUUAUCGAUAUUUCCCGCUCUGUAAUCAUGCAUGCAACAUCGGUGUAUAAUGAUAAUUUUCUCACAGCAGAUGGAGGAGUGAUCGCUCCAUUAUAUUUCAUAGCUAUGUCGGCUCCAAUCAACAUUUAUAUGAACAGGCGAUCGAGCUUCUAA